AUGCCAUAUUAUCAAGCCCGGAUCACACAUCCAGACCACGGAAGUCCGGGAGUCCGAACGUUUGCGGACGCCAAAAGCAAAGAAGGCAAAUCAAUCCACCCAUUCGACGGGGAGCUGUGCGCAGUUCUACACGAGCUUUCAGCGCAAGGGACUAAUCUUAUCUUCAAGAGUACGAAGGAAUUGAGGGGUUUCCCACUGGCCACCAACAGAGCCAUAUUCAUGGAAGCCACAAUGCUUAUUUUCACUAAGAUGAUCGCGUUAGCAACGAAAGGUCCGAAAAUGAGCACACCACUCGCCCGACGUUUGACUGUGACUGCCGCGCCUUGGGGAUUACGGUCGAAAUCACUAAGGUUCCUGCAAUGUCAGUUCAUCCUGGAUUUGUCGAAUGUUAAAUUCAUGCUAGGCCCUGGCAACGAAAAAAAACACGAAUUACUAUUGUCAGCACCGAUAUGCAGAAUAGUCCCGGCCAGCAACAGAAAUGAGAAAGAAGUCACCAAAUAUCUGUUGGGCACAAGGAACUAA